AUGACAUCGCCCACCGCCGCCCAGCCCGCACUAGCUAACCACACGUCCCAGAACUACAACGAGCAUGCCUCGUUCGUUUACUCGGACAAGAAUACGGCUCCCAUUCUCCGGCUUCUGAAUGCACAGAGUGGGGAAAGUAUUGUGGAUCUGGGAUGUGGCACAGGCCAAUUGACUGAGAAGAUCAAAGCGUUGUCAUGGCCUGACGCUCAGUUGUCCUUUGCCAGAGAAAACGGAAACGCCUUGGGCAUCGAAUACACUCGAGGUGACAUUCAGGACUAUAGAACGCUGGACGCUUCUCUUGAGGGCAGAUUCGAUGCUGUUUUCUCAUCCGCUACGUUCCACUGGUGCAAAGCGAACCCUGGUGGUGUUGUUGAGACCAUCAAGUGGCUGCUGAAGCCUGGGGGCCGAGCGGUUUUCGAGUUUGGUGGCUUCCAGAACACUGUCGGCGUACGUGGUGCCUUGCAUGACUGUCUUCGUCGACGCGGCUACGAUCCGGCGAAAGCGGACCCCUGGUACUUCCCUACAGCCGAGCAGUACUCUGCACUACUGCAAUUGCACGGCAUGAGUCCAAGUGAUGUUGAACUCCACCAACGGCCCACGCCCCUGACCACCGACCUCUUCGGCUGGUUGAAGACUUUUGCACGCAGAACGUUUUUCGCUGAGUUCUCCGAUCUGGAGGCUAAUUCGAUGAUGGAGGAAGUAGUGGAGAGCUGCCGUCCAGACAACUACUGGUGUGACGCCAUGCCUGGUCUUGGGAUCAAGCCUCCCGUAGGCGCCACUGGCAAUGAGGGCUGGAACGUUCACUACGUCCGCCUUCGCGGUAGUGCAACUGCUCCUAGCUGCUGA